AUGAACAGUGGCGCCGUGCUCUUUGUGGCUCUGGCAGGGAUUUCUACUUUCUGCGCGUCUGCAUUUGUCGCGCCUACUUUCUCAGAGAUUGCCUACGUCGUGGAGUCUCAGAAUGCUGAAGGUGAGGACGACGGUACAAGCAGAAGCUACGCGUUGAUAAAUAUCGCGUUUGCUUUUGGAUUCAUUGUAGGAUCGCUACUUGGCGGGUAUUUGUAUACAGCUAUUGGAGUCAUGUGGUUGUACAUUCUUCUAGGCGUCAUCUUUUUGAUAUUUACCCCCUAUGUGUUUAUGUUUACUGGAGAAAGAGGGAAGUUUAUUGUUCGGUCUAAUCAAGAGAAAUAA